GUCGAGCAACGAACACUCGUUCACUUAAAAUCGCAACCUUUAACGUGUUAAUGUCUGCGUCGUUAUAACGAACAGUAGUUUUGGUUUGAGGUUUUUUCUUUUUAAUCUGAGUCUGUGUUUGAAGUUUUAGCGGAGGUUACGAACGGAAGGAAAAUGCGCUGUCAGCCCAGCAGCCUAGCUUGUCAGAGCUAAAUGUUAAGCUAAGAGCUAACUGUUCGUUCUAGUGACACACCGCAGCUUUAAAAAUAAAUGGACCUUCGCGUCAGAAGUGAAAAUGCGGCACUGUGAUGACAAGUGGAAAGAGAAAUGGCGCUGAUAAACAAGUUUGCGGUUAGUUGUAAAGUGUAGCUUGCUUCGUGGUGUAGCCACGUAGAACUGUCGACGUAGCAACAGUUAGCUGCUGGUGUUUAGCUAGAAGUCGAAGGAAAACAACCUAAACAUCUUGACGACUGGAGUCCUUCUUGGACAUGAAUGGUUGUGGUUCAAAAUGCUGUAGCUCGAGGGAGCUGGUCGGUUUCGUGGAAGUGUUGUUUUGAGCAGAUUAUGAAGCGCAUCAUCUGGUUGAUAUCGGGAUUAAAUAGAAGGAUGAUGAAGCUUCUCUUUGCCCUCGCUUUGAUCGCCUACAUCGCAUCUGUCUGGGGAACGUACACAAACAUGAGAUCAAUACAAGAACAAGGGGAAAUGAAGAUUGAGCAGAGAAUUGAUGAGAUGGAGCCUAAAGGAAGCAUAUACAGAGAAACCAGGCCUGGACCGAGAAUGGAACUCUGGGGGACCCCACAGGCCGUGGCUCCUCUCAGAGAAAAGAUCCGUGACCUAGAACAAAGUUUAUCUCAGAAAUACCCACCUGUGAAAUUCCUGUCAGAAAAGGAUCGUAAAAGAAUCUUGAUCACUGGUGGGGCAGGAUUUGUGGGUUCCCAUCUGACCGACAAGCUAAUGAUGGAUGGCCAUGAGGUGACAGUGGUGGACAACUUCUUUACAGGAAGGAAGCGGAAUGUGGAGCACUGGAUUGGCCAUGAAAACUUUGAGCUCAUCAAUCAUGAUGUGGUGGAGCCUCUGUAUAUUGAGGUGGACCAGAUAUAUCACCUGGCGUCUCCAGCAUCUCCUCCAAACUACAUGUACAAUCCUAUCAAAACCCUCAAAACCAACACUAUAGGCACUCUCAAUAUGCUUGGCCUGGCCAAACGUGUUGGUGCCAGACUUCUGCUGGCUUCAACAUCAGAGGUGUAUGGAGACCCAGAGGUACAUCCCCAGAAUGAGGAGUACUGGGGUCAUGUGAAUCCGAUUGGUCCUCGAGCAUGCUAUGACGAGGGAAAACGUGUGGCAGAGACCAUGUGUUACGCUUACAUGAAGCAGGAAGGAGUAGAGGUGAGGGUGGCGAGAAUCUUUAACACGUUUGGGUCCCGGAUGCACAUGAACGAUGGACGUGUUGUCAGCAACUUCAUCCUGCAAGCUCUCCAGGGAGAACCGCUCACUGUGUAUGGCACGGGAUCCCAAACAAGAGCCUUUCAGUAUGUAAGUGAUCUGGUGAACGGUCUGGUGUUGUUGAUGAACAGUAACAUCAGCAGUCCUGUUAAUUUGGGAAACCCAGAGGAACACACAAUCCUGGAGUUUGCUCGUCUCAUCAAGAGUCUUGUUGUAAGCCGCAGUCAGAUCCAGUUCCUUCCAGAGGCUCAGGACGACCCACAGAGACGAAGACCGGACAUUCGCAAAGCGAAGAUGAUGCUCGGCUGGGAGCCGGUGGUCCCGUUGGAGGAGGGCUUGAACAAAACCAUCCAGUACUUCAGCAGAGAACUGGAGCAUCAAGCCAACAACCAGUACAUCCCCAAACCUAAAGCUGCCCGUAUGAAGAAAGUCCGACCCAGACACAACUGAGGUUGGGUUUCUGACCGUAAAGACUUCUGCCACACUGAAGGACUCCUCAGAGCAACUCUCUGAAAUACACUGCUGAAUAAAGUUCUCUGGGAUAUGGUGUCUCUCUGGGUGAUUACUAGGUUUUUGGGGGGGGGGGGCUUGAGAUCAUUUUCUGAGUCUUUUUGAAAAGAUACUGCCUUGGGUUGAUGGUGCAGUUGCACUCUGGGAUGGACACUCCUUUACUGGAGCCUGCAUGUCAGGUGGACGACUAAUACAGAUUUAAGACACCAGUUUGACAUGGAGUCUUUAUAUUUUUGUGUGUGUGAGACGCUUUUGCUAUUUAAGUUGCUGAUGUGAGAUUAUGAUGAGCCUGUCCAGUGCACCGGUGCUUUCUUUUAUCAGUUUCUUGCUGUUGUGUCUCCAGAGAAGAGCGACGUGAUGUUCGCUUUCCUCCUGGAUCUUUUGAACUCGGCGGUGGCGUGCUGGUGUUAUGCACCGUUGCAGGAUCGAGCUCACCUUUCUCGAAAGACUGUUACAGCGUAUUUACGUAUGUGUUUGUGUUUGUCAGGGUACCAUUGUGUUGUUCUUUGUGAAGUCAUUUGUCAGGAUGUGAAUCAGUCAUUAUCACACAAUUUCAGGUGGAGAUGAUAUUUUAAUAAAUAUUUACAAUAUUUUGUGU